AUGCUGGCGGGCCCGCUGCCGCCCCGGGGCCCGGGCAGCCCGUCGGGGAUCCGGGAGGGCGACCCCCGGGCCGCGGAGCCGAGCGGCUGCCUGUGGGUGCAGGAGAAGUCGCGGCUGGUGCUCAUCGAGGUGAAGACGGUGUCCUGUCACUUCGGUCGCCGCGCUCCCCCGAGGCCCCCCAUGGACCCCCGAGCCGGACAGCGACCCCGCCGCCCCGACGACUGCCCGUUCGGGCCGGGCCCGGGGUCCCCGGGGUCCCCGGAGUCCCCGGCGCCUCGGGCCUGGGGUCCCCGCGUGCUGCGGGAGGCGACCAACCGGGGGGCGGGACCCCCGGCCCAGCCGCGGCCCCGGGAGCAGGAGAAGCGCAAGGCCGCCUCGCAGGAGCGGGAGGUCAAGGACACCGAGAGGAAGCGACGCAAGGCCGGGGUCGGCGGCCGGAGCCCCCCGGCCCGCCCCGAGCCCCCCGGCCCCGAGCCCCCGGGCCCCGGCUGGGCCCCCUGGCGCCUGGCCUGGCCCCGUCCGUCCGGGCGCACGCCCCGUCCUUCGGCCGUCCAGCCCCGCGGGGGCCCGGGGGCCUGGGGCUGGGGGCGGCCGCCGGGGCCCCCCAGCUACGAAGCCCACCUGCUGCUGCGGGGCCCCGCGGGCCCCCCGCCCCGCCGCCGCCGCCCGCCCCGCCCGGACCGGCCCCCGCCCUACGUGCCCCCGCCGUCCUACCACGGCCCCCACCGGACCCUGGCCGGCCCCCCGAGGAAGCCGGACCCCCGCCUCUCCCGGGACGGGCUGGGGGCCGGGACCGGUCGCCCGCGGGUGGGCCCCAAGCCCCCCGCCCCGGGGGACCCCGCCCCCGCCCGGCGGGACCGUCCCGGGGCUGAGCCCGGCGCCCGCCGCGGAGGAGGAGGAGGAGGGUCCGGGGUCCCGCCGCGCCCCCUCCCCCGAGCCCGGCCCGGCCCCGCCGACCGGGGCAGGGCGGCCCGGCCCCCUCGGGCCUGGGCUCCGGGCCCCGGCGGGCGGCCCCCGCGCUACAGCCAGACGCUGCCGCGGCCCUGGGCCCCGGGGGGCACCGGGGGCCCCGGCGGGCCCCGCGGGAGGGAGCCCCGCCGCCCGCACACCCUGCCCCGCGCCCCGGGCCGCCCCCGCGGGCCCGACGGGGUCUUCGUCAUCGACGCCACCUGCGUGGUCAUCCGGGCCCAGUACAUCCCCCCUCCCCGCGCCCGCCGCAUCCCCCCGCCAGGGCCCCCCCGGACCCCCGGACCCCCGGAGCCCGCGGCCCGAAGGCCGCCCCGCACGGAAGAGGCCGAGGCGGGACCGGCGGGCGAGGCGGGAGCGGCCUUCCCGUCCCCCGGCCCGAGGCCGCUGCAGAGCGGCCGGCCGCCGCGCCCCGCCGGAGGGGGCUGCUGCCCGGAGGGCUGCCCGGCGGAGGCGGCGCCGGCGGAGCGCGCCGCCCGCCCCUCGGGGCUCCCCGCCGGGCCCGGGCGGCGGCUGCCGGGGCCGGGCCCUUACGGCGGGGCCCUGCGGGAGGCCGUGUCCCGCAUCCGCCGCCACACCGCCCCGGACUCGGAUUCGGACGAGGGGCCCGAGCGGGCGGCCCCGGGAAACUCCUCGGACGGCAGCGACACGGAGCCCGCCGGGCGAGGAACCGGGGACACCGAAGCCAGGGGCGGCCACAUCCCCCACGGGCUCAGCCGGACCGAGGAGGGCUGCUUAGGGCCUGCAGCCGCCGGACCGGCCCCGGAGGGACGAGGGAAGCCACACUGAGGGGCAGGGGGGUCGGC